AUGAUACUUGGUGGCAUAAGUCAAUUCUUCAAUUCCGAGAACCUAUUUCGGGACAUUAUAAUUGGCGUCUACGUGAUACUAUUCGGUCUGGUUGUCGCCGGGCUGGAGCUACUGCCCCAAGUCCCUCCUUAUAUCCCGAAAUACGCCAGCUUCCUAUUCUCCUUCCUCGGUCGUGGCGUCUUCUACGUGUUCGUCGGUUCUAUCAUUCUCGCAGGUCACUGGCCUCGCAUUGUCGCAGGUACAAUAGUCGGAUUUAUCGGUCUCGGAUACUGCGCACUCGAGUUUGCGCCUCAGAUUGAGCCACCUUCCAACAUGAGAGACGCUGAUGCUGGUUGGGGCGCUGAGCAGGUUUAG